AAUUAUUUCCGGGUGAAGGUUUCUUCGUUUCCUAGAGGCAAAGUGUUAGCCCUUCCGUCUUGUUCGGCGAAGUUAAAUUGGACCUUUUUAAAAAAUAUAAAUACAAUAAAAUAAAAAAAUAAAAACACUGUUACGAGAUAACCUGGAACCAUGGGGUCGCGGGCGUGCUGGAGCCUAUCCCAGCUAUCAUCGGGCAGGAGGCGGGGUACACCCUGAACUGGUUGCCAGCCAAUCGCAGGGCACAUACAAACAAACAACCAUUCGCACUCACAGUCACACCUACGGGCAAUUUAGAGUCUUCAAUUAAUGCAUGUUUUUGGGAUGUGGGAGGAAACCGGAGUGCCCAGAGAAAACCCACGCAGGCACGGGGAGAACAUGCAAACUCCACACAGGCGGGGCCGGGGAUUGAACCCGGGUCCUCAGAACUGUGAGGCUGACGCUCUAACCAGUCGCCCACCGUGCCGCCCAGUGAACACAGGCACGUCUCUGGUGCUAUCCAGUCUGCUUUCGGUGCUCGUGUUUGCCGGCAUGCAGAUGUUCAGUAAGCAGUUGGCCUCCACCGAGUGGCUCACCAUCCUGGGGGGUUUCCUGGGCUCAAUCCUCUUCAUUUGCUCCCUCACUGCAUUUAGUAAUCUGGAAAAUCUGUUCUUUGGGAAAGGGUUCCAAGCCAAGAUCUUCCCAGAAAUUCUGCUGUGCCUGUGCCUGUCCUUGUUUGCAUCCGGUCUGGUUCAUCGUGUGUGUGUCACCACAUGCCUGAUCUUCUCCCUCUUCGCCCUGUACUACAUCAACAAAAUAUCCGCCGCCCUCUACCAGGCUGCCGCACCCUCAGCGGCACCCACCAAGGUCGCCACCAAGGGCAAGAGGAAGAACUGAUAAAGAACUGAUGAAUGAAAACAAACAUCGUGAUUCUGACAUAAACUUUUAUUGGCCAGCUCCACAUUCCAUUAAAGAGAUUACUUCAUCCCAUCCAGUUACUAUUUGUUUAACACGUUUUCAUUUUGUAAUUAAAAGCAAUGAGAACCAUUCAA